GGUCAGAGAGAGAGAGAGAGAGAGAGAGAGGAGAUGGAGAAUGGAAAUCACGACAUCCCAGAGAACGCAAAUGAACAUUGCCCGGGGCCGCAGUCGGAGGAGGCGGGGAAGGCAGAUGCCUGCGCCGGGUGCCCUAAUCAGCAAAUCUGUGCCACUGCCCCAACUGGCCCCGACCCUGAUAUGGUGACUAUAGCAGAAAGAAUGGCGGCUAUUAAACACAAAAUACUGGUUCUAUCUGGAAAGGGUGGAGUUGGAAAAAGUACGUUCUCUGCACAGCUCUCGUUUGCGUUGGCUGAGAUGAACUACCAGGUUGGCCUUCUUGACAUAGAUAUAUGUGGGCCUAGCAUCCCCAAGAUGCUUGGUCUUGAAGGGCAGGACAUCCACCAAAGCAACCUUGGUUGGUCCCCUGUCUAUGUCGAAUCAAACCUUGGGGUCAUGUCAAUUGGUUUCAUGCUCCCCCACCCUGAUGAGGCUGUUAUAUGGAGGGGUCCUCGCAAGAACGGACUCAUCAAACAGUUCUUGAAGGAUGUGGAUUGGGGAGAGCUGGACUAUCUUGUGGUGGAUGCACCCCCCGGGACAUCCGACGAGCAUAUUUCUAUAGUUCAGUUUCUGCAAGCCACCGGCAUAGAUGGUGCUAUCAUUGUGACCACCCCACAACAGGUGUCUUUGAUCGAUGUGCGCAAGGAGAUCAGCUUUUGCAAGAAGGUCGGCAUCCGGGUUCUGGGGGUUGUUGAGAACAUGAGUGGGAUGUGGCAGUCCAUCUCAGAUUUCAGGUUUGUGAAGUCGAAUGAGACUGGAGAUGAGAAUGAUGUAACCGAGUGGGCACUUAGUUACAUUAGAUCAAAUGCCCCAGAGCUGCUGUCUGUGAUUGCAUGCAGUGAGGUGUUCGAUAGCAGUGGAGGUGGGGCUGCAAAGAUGUGCACUGAAAUGGGAGUCCCAUUUCUCGGGAAAGUGCCAUUGGAUCCUCAUCUUUGUCGUGCAGCGGAGGAAGGGCGCUCAUGUUUUGCUGAUAAAAAAUGCACCGUGAGUGCUCCAGCACUACGGCAAAUUAUCCAGAAGCUCAUUUCCUUGGGUCAGCAAAUUUUUGAGGGAUGAUGUUUAUGAAUAGUUAUUUGAGGGCAUCGAUACAUAAGUAGUGUGAAAUACAUUUCAUCUUUUGUUGUUAGUCAGGUUUGUUUUCUAGUAUUUCUGGCCUCAGUCUCGUUAAAAAAAGGUUGAUGUUGCCAGUCGUUAAUCGCGUAUAAUCUGUUGUUUGUUUAACUGAUGAAUGCAAGACUUUCAGAUGAUAUAAUUGUUGUCAUUCAAUUAAUU